CUAGAUCCUCUAGUAGUGGUUAACCAGCUUCCCCACACGAUGCAUCUUCACGAAAUAACAAUCCCCACCUUCUUGAUAAUGCAGCUGCCACUCCUAUCAGCGUUGCGCAUAUUAGCGUCGGUAUCCUCACCAAUACCAACACAAUCGUGCCCACGCGCCGUAAAUAUUUCCACUAGCUGGGAUCUUCUGGGGCCGUUCCAGCUAGGUACACGCGAAGCCGAAUGGACCGGCGACCCAGUCUCGCGAUACGGCGGGUUCGGAGCAUUGAGCUUCUCCUCUAACGGGAGCUUUCCGAGUGCCCUGGCCCCGAACGGGACCGCGGGCUGGUCGGCAGCUACAGCCUCUGGCGGAAACGUCCUGGUCUCCUUCCCGGAGGUGGACUGGGACGCCCUCCGGUCCGUGUACGGCUGGUCGGCGUUGCAGUUCCAAGCUUGGGCGCGCGGCGAGGUGGUGUUGUGCUCCGAGGCGACGGUGGCGCUGUAUAUCUCUGGCGCGGCUGCGGAGUUCAGUAUUGCGGGGAGACGACAUGUAGGCGGGGAUUAUUACGAGUUCCGCCGCGCCCCGUUGGUGGUCAGGCUGCCUGCCGGAAGGCAUGCUAUUGAUGUUAGGGUAACGCAUGAUAUUAGAGCGUUUGGGGGCGUAGAUAGUGUCAAGUUUAGGGUUGAGGCAGUGGUUGUGGAGGGUGGAAUGAGCGUGGGAGAGGGCGUGGUGGUGCCUGAUGUGGUUGAAGGAAGAUUGGUGGGUGAGUGGGUGAGUGUUCCGGUCCGGAAUGAUGGCGUGGACUGGAUCCAGGUGGUGGGUGUACGCGGAAAGAGAAAUUCCACCAGAGUGGCGGGGUUCGAGUCGGUAAGAUUGGCACCCGGACAGUCCAGGCCGAUCAAAUUUCGGGUUACAGACGUCCCUGCCAACACGACGACCUUGGAAAUGGUGUUGAGAUAUCGGCGAGAGGGCGGGAUCGAGGAUCACGAAGUGCCGGUCACCAAGUAUUUAAAUCUCAUCGAACACUGGUAUCAGCCACAGAAAUACACAUUUCUGCACCCAUCCGGUAUAGUUUCGUAUGCUGUACUUAGACCGCCGUCUCCAAACGCUCCAUGCAAGGCGGUACUGGAGAAAAAACUGCCUAUCUUCCUGUCUCUGCACGGGGCUGGCGUGGAAGCAGAUAACCCACAAUCCAAAGAGUCUUAUGACGGGCUUCCUGAUCUCUGUGCAUGGCUCGUACUCCCUAGCGGAGGAACCACCUGGAGUGGUGAUGACUGGCAUAGGUGGGGAUUCCCCGAUGUCGAAGCUGCGAUUGCGGCGAUACCUCGAUGGAUGAAGAAGGUGAACUGGACACGGCAAGGCGUACACCUUGAUAGAUGGGUUGUCAGUGGCCAUUCAAACGGCGGGCAAGGGACUUGGUAUGCGCUCACGCAUAGGAGUGACAAUAUCAUCGCCGCAGCACCACUUUCGGGAUACCUUUCCAUUCCCGUGUAUGUGCCAUACCACAUGUGGCAUGAAUCCGAUCCUCGAAAGAAUGCGAUAGUCCUCGCAUCGUUGAACAGCUAUAAGCACGAGCUCCUGGCUCCGAAUGUGCGAGGCACGCCUGUAUUGCAACAGCAUGGAAGAGACGACGAUAACGUUCCGGUCUAUCAUUCCAGACGAAUGCAUCAGCUUAUCGCAGAAGAAGAUUGGUUGACUGAGUAUUGGGAGAUUCCGCACAAGGGACAUUGGUGGGAGGGGGUCAUGACCGACAGUAGACUGCCCGAAUUCCUGAGACACCAUCUGAACGACAAGCCAGUGGUUCCAGAGUUGCCUGAUAAAUUCUCGCUAGUUGUGGCAAAUCCUGCAGAUAUGGGCUCAAGAGGUGGUAUCAUUGUGGACCAACUUGAAGAACCGGAUAGAAUCGGCCGUAUAGACGUCGAGGUGCAAGGCAGCACCUGGUCCCUGACGACUUCGAACAUCCGCAGAUGGCAUUUUGCGGGACUGAGGUCAUAUACCAGCGAAUAUCCGGAGCGAGUGAUUGUCGACGAGCAAGCCGUCGUUUUCCCGGCUGUCUGGAAUCCUUCGUCGACGGUUUUGCUUUCGAAUAGCGGUUCUUGGAUGGUUACGGAAGAUGCGGACUGGCGAGAGGGCGAGAGGGCUAGACGGCAGUGUGGUGCAUUGGACGCCUUCCUUGCUUCCCGCGGACCGUUCCGCAUAAUGGUUCCCACAGGAGCAACUGCCUUUGAGCGGGCUGCAGCACUAGACGUAUCGAGGAACCUCUAUCAGUUCUUCGCAGCAGACACCGAGAUUACCAGCCAGCUCGAAGAUACCAGCGCCGAUGGCAACGCAGUCAUUUUUGGCCGACCAUCGCCAGAUCUCGCAUGUGCCACCGAUAGCUUUCCCAUCACCAUCUCGGACAAGGCCGUUGAGAUCACCGAUGCGAUGGGCAAGACAAAGCGGCUAAAAAUUGAAAGCGGAAUGGGCGCAAUAUACAUCUGCCCUCUCCCCCGGGGACGGUUGAUGCUCGUGCUGUGGGGAGCAGACGAGGCCGGCCUGCUUGCCGCUACUCGCCUCUUGCCGCUCAGGACCGGAGUGGGCCAGCCCGACUUUGUUGUGAUCGGGAGAGACUCGAGCUGGGCAGGGGUGGGCGGAGCAAAAGCACUUGGAAUGUUUGACUCCACAUGGCGAGUCUCAAGGGCUUCGUAUGUAUGAGCCUCGCUGUUGUCUUUCAUCCAAACAGACAGCCGAGGCAUGAUCAAGACGGCACGAAUUCCAGCAAUGCACGUAUGCACAAAUGCAUGCAGACACAUACAGAAUACCAUCACGUGCCUGCUUGAUACUGUUGUACUAUUGCAUCUGUGCCGUAGACCUCUCCUGCGCUGCUGUUCUGUUUGCCGAAG